AUGAGGACACUAUUGAAUCUCAUUUUGGAAGUAUUUGUCCUGAAGUUGGCACUAGCAGUUCCCUCCAGACAUAACCCACAGGUGGAACUUGACACUUACUACAGUGCCAACUAUGACGUGGAUCUCGGCAACCUGAACCUGUACAAUUAUGAUGACGGCCUUACUAUUGACGAACCACAGAUUGAGAUCGGCACAUUGCCUCCCUUUGUGGACCAUUUCCAGGCCCCAGCAGCCUCAUUGGAGGAAGAGGAAGAGGAGGAGGAGCGACCUCUGCAGCCCCAUAUGCCAUCUGGAGGCUCAGGAGUGCUCACGGACCUUGACACUCCAGGAGGCUUGCACACCUGUCUGCAGUGUACCUGCCUUGGGAGUUCAGUCUACUGCGAUGAUGCCAAGCAGGAGCGCAUUCCCCCACUGCCUAAGGCCACCACCCACUUCUAUGCCCGUUACAACAAGAUCUCCAAGGUCCACAAAUCUGACUUUUCCCGGAUGAACAAACUGAAGAAAAUUGACCUGACCAGCAACCAGAUCUCAGAGCUGGACAAGGACUCAUUCAUUGAUCUUCCUGCCCUGGAGGAGCUGGUGCUGAGAGAGAACCAGGUGUCUCUGCUACCUCCUCUGCCUGACAGCAUGACCCUCAUAGAUGCAAGCCAUAACAAAUUGAGUAGCCGGGGCAUCCAGAGAGAGGCCUUCAAGGCAAUGUCAAACUUGCAGUAUCUCUACCUGGCUGAUAACCACAUUGAUUACAUCCCAGUGCCCCUUCCAGACAGUUUGCGUUCUCUUCACCUGCAGAACAACAACAUCCAGAUGAUACAUGAGGACACAUUCUGCAAUCUGAAAGAUCACAACUACCUGCGGAAUGCGCUAGAGGACAUCCGACUGGAUGGAAAUCCAGUCAACCUCAGUAAAAUCCCACAGGCUUACAUCUGCCUGCCCCGCAUACCCAUCGGUGGACUUGUGUAG